CGUAAUCCUGUAUACAUUUGGGGCACGAGCUCUCCCUUCCGCGUCAUUCAUGGCAAGUGGCCACAUCGCCCAAUGCCUCGGUGGCAUCCUUGCCAGGCGGGCGGGCGCUACUGUCGCCGUCUCAGGCGACCUCCGCCUCAACGGCGCUCAUUUCGUCGACGGCGUACGCAGUCUGGCAGCCGGCCUCUUGGAGCGCGGCGUCCGUCCCGGUGAUGUCGUCGCCGUCGUCGGCUUCAACAGCAUUGAGUACAUGGAGCUGUUGCUGGCCGUCCCUUACAUCGGAGCAAUCGUCGCCCCUCUCAACCACCGCUGGAGCUUCGAGGAGGCAGCGCAGGCGCUGGAGCUUGUGCGACCGUCGGCGUUCAUCUUUGAUGGUGCCUACAGCUCAUGGGCGCUCCGGCUGACGGAGAGCAAGAGCUUCUCAUCCAUCGGUUUUUACCUCACCGUGGGGGACCCUGCCAGCACAUGCCAAGGCGCAAACUUUGUGUCAGUUGAUCAUAUCAGGAGGAGCUGGAGAGGAACCACGGUAACGGAACCCAUGUCGGCUCCGAGAGAUGUCGCUUUGAUAUGCUUCACAUCUGGAACCACUGGACAGCCAAAGGGCGUAGCAAUAAGCCAUACAUCUUUGAUCGUUCAAUCUCUUGCAAAAAUCGCAGUUGUCUGCUACGGUGAGGAUGAUGUCUACCUACAUACUGCCCCUCUGUGCCAUAUCGGCGGGAUCUCUUCAUGCUUGGCCACACUGAUGGCUGGAGGCUGCCAUGUCCUGAUACCUAAAUUCGACGCAAAAUCAGCUAUCAAAGCAAUCCAAGAACACAAAGUGACUUGUUUCAUCACCGUUCCCGCUAUCAUGGCUGACCUCCUGUCCUAUGCUCGGAAGGACAAGAUAUCAGGAUGCGGGUCAGUGACUAAGAUCCUCAAUGGUGGCGGCGGGUUGUCAGAUGAGUUGAUAAAUGGAGCUUCACACUUAUUUUUUAACGCUGCUAUCAUUUCAGCUUAUGGGAUGACAGAGGCAUGCUCAUCGCUGACAUUCAUGCCAAUCAACAACCCAGAACUUCAAGAAACCAAGAAUCAAUUAAGCAACCAAUCUGGAGGUGUUUGUGUUGGAAAGCCAGCACCUCAUGUCGAGAUACGAAUUGAUAGAGAUGAAAGUAACAGUAGCUCUUCACUAAUGGGGAAAAUCUUGACAAGAGGCCUGCACACAAUGGUUGGAUACUGGGGGAACAAUACGGUUGAUACAUCAGAAUCUGUCAGGAAUGGAUGGCUUGACACAGGGGACACUGGAUGGAUAGAUAGGACCGGUAAAUUAUGGCUCAUGGGGCGACAAAAAGGCCGCAUAAAAAGCGGAGGGGAAAAUGUUUACCCGGAAGAGGUAGAAUUAGUGUUAUCACAGCACCCAGGGGUAGCUAAAGCUGUGGUUUUCGGUGUACCGGAUAGUCGCCUUGGGGAGAAAAUUGUUUCUUGUGUUAGCAUCAAGGAUGGCUGGAGAUGGGUUGAUGCAACAGCUGAGCACCAAGGAGAAGGCAAGGAAGUGUCUGCUCAUAUCCUUCAAGAGCACUGCAGGAUAAAAAAUCUGAGCAGAUUCAAGGUACCAAGGCUAUAUUAUCAUUGGAGUAGGCCGUUCCCAGUGACCACCACAGGCAAAAUUAGAAGAGAGGAGCUCAAGGCCGAGGUCUUGACAUGCAUGCAACCGCGUAGCAGUUUGUAGCUUCAGGCCCGUAGUUAGUUCUGUACUAUCUGGUUGAUGAUACGAGAUUAAAAGUGUGACAAUAACACAAAGCGUGGCAAACCAUCCAACUAGAGGGACAUUGGUAUCCCCAGUCCACCAAGAUUCAAAUCUUGAUGCUUACAUUAUCCUUGAAUUUAUUUUAGGAUGCCCACAAGCCGUGUUCAGGUCAGUGUGCCUCCGUGUAAAAAUAACACCAUUUUGUAAAAAUAAAAGUUAAUAAGGAUAGUGUAUUUCUCUGUUU